CAUGUGUGUGUGGCGAUGAGCUACGACAAAGAAGUGAGGGCAACAGUGGCCCUUUUGGGCGGCAGCAUGGCCACAAUGGCUGCCGGUUCGCUGGGUCCACCCAUAGGCUUACCAACGGGCGUAACAGGCCAAGAGCAGGUGAAGAGACGGGCGUCGAGCCGAUCGAAAACGUUCGCCAAAAAAGACGAGAAGAGGAACAGCGCGCUGGGUUUUUUCAAUUUGUUUAAUCGCAAAACGAGCGAUAAAACGAAAUCGGCCGUCUUUUAUUCGGAAAAUUCGUUGGACGGCGAUAGGCAGUCGAUCACGUCAUCGAAUCCGUCGCUCGUCUCACCCACCAGCCCGUUGCCUUAUCCGCUACAUCCGCUGGUGUCCAAGUCGUUCUCGUCCAGCGCCUUGCUCGUGCCUCAUUCGUCCGCGCACUCGGCCGACCUUUGCACGGCCAUCGAAUUCUCGUUGGCGGAGAAGGUGGACGGCACGGCCGAAAUGGACGACGAGCAAGCUCCGCCUUAUUACGACGAUAACGAUGUCAGCGACUGGAACGACUGGGACGAUAUUUUGACGGACGAUCCGCCUUCGCCGGAAUUCUCGCCGCGACAGUAUUCGCUGAUCCGGCGUCAGUGCAUCCGCCGCAAAGAGGUCGGCUCGUCCAGAUCGCUGGGCAAAAAGCGCAGGUUCACCUAUUGCGGAAUCGCAUCCCAUCAACAGGGACAGGUGCCCUCGUCGGAUUGCGGCUCAUUUCCAAUGGCUGCCGCAGUGCCGAACAAGUUCUAUCGCAACGUUUCGGCGCCGGUUACGUCAUCCGGAGCGGAAACCUCGUCCGAUUCCGACGACGACAACGACGACGACGAUAGCUCGACUAUUGUAUCGAACGACUCCAGGAGGGAUGCGGUAAACCACGACCAGCUAUCGACGUUGAUUGUCGAGAUUAAGGCGAUUUCGGCACCUUGCCCCAUCCACCCGAACAUGAGCCAGAAGCACUGCGCCAUCUGCAAGUGCCCGCGUGAUGUCCACGACGUCACCCACAAGGAGUCGGUCAACGUGCACGAUCGAUUGGGAUUGAACAAGGAGGAGGACGAGCAUCAGCACCAACAUCACCAUCAUCAACAGCACCCGCAGCUGCCGGCCAGCAGCAGCAGGGUCAUGCCUCUGAACAAGGGUCCCCGGCCGACGUCGUCCGACGUCUAUUCAUGGAUACCGGCCGGACUCGGUCCAGAUCGAAUCGACGGUUUUAUGACUUGCUGGCCUAAAGACAAAGUGCCCAAGAGAAACUCACAGGGCGACCGAUGGCGCGAGCACCAGCUGGCGUUUCAACUGCCCAGGCAAGAUUUGGCGUUGGCCUAUUGCCGUUACGUCGAGCCGCAGAAUCACGCCUCCUAUCAGGAUUUCGUGGCUGCCCGCAACGACAUCGCGCUCGAUAUCGCUUACGUUAAAGAGACCACCACACGUGCUCUGAAGUGUUAUGGUUGUGAAGGCAACAUUCCGGCCGGCUCGUUCGGCGUGAUGGCUCCAAAGUUUGGCGAAAACGUGGCUUGGCACCCGGCUUGUUUCCAGUGCACCACCUGCGCGGAAUUGCUGGUGGAUUUGACCUACUGCGUCCACGAAGACCAGCUCUACUGCGAACGGCACUACGCUGAGCAGCUGAAACCGCGCUGCGCCGCCUGCGAUGAGUUGAUUUUCAGCGGAGAGUAUACGAAAGCCAUGUCGAAGGAUUGGCACCUGGGACACUUUAGCUGUUGGCAGUGCGACGAGUCGCUGACUGGGCAGCGCUACGUCUUGCGCGACGAGCAUCCCUACUGCGUCAAAUGCUACGAGACCGUCUUCGCCAACACCUGCGACGAUUGCAACCGCAUCAUCGGCAUCGACUCCAAGGAUUUGUCGUACAAGGAUCGCCACUGGCACGAGGCCUGUUUCUUGUGCAACAAGUGCCGCCUGUCGCUGGUCGACAAGCAGUUCGGCUCCAAGGCUGACAAGAUUUUCUGCGGCCCGUGCUACGACUCUAUGUACGCGACUCGGUGCGACGGAUGCGGCGAAAUCUUCCGUGCCGGAACCAAGAAGAUGGAAUACAAGAGCCGACAGUGGCACGAAAAAUGUUUCAGUUGCUUCGUGUGCAAGACGCCCAUCGGCACCAAAUCGUUCAUCCCGCGUGAGCAAGAUAUUUACUGUUCCGGAUGUUACGAAGAAAAGUUCGCCACUCGUUGCGUCAAAUGCACCAAGAUCAUCACGACCGGCGGAGUAACUUACAAGAACGACCCUUGGCAUCGUGAGUGCUUCACCUGCACUCAUUGCGACAAGUCUUUGGCCGGACAGCGAUUCACUUCCAAAGAUGAGAAACCUUACUGCGCCGAAUGUUUCGGAGAACUCUUUGCUAAGCGUUGCACCGCUUGCACUAAGCCAAUCACCGGUAUUGGCGGCACCCGAUUCAUCUCUUUCGAAGACCGCCAUUGGCACAACGAUUGCUUCCAGUGCGCUAGUUGCAACGCGUCUCUGGUCGGUAAAGGAUUCAUCACUGAUGGUGCCGACAUCCUCUGUCCCGAAUGCGCAAAACAGCGCGUUCUCUAAAUGAACAAAGUUGUUUGUUUGUUUUUUUUUUUUUUUUUUACUUCUUAAUUUUUUUCGCAGCAGCAGUUCCUGGAGGGCGGGGAGAGGGGAAAAAAACGGGAAUUCUAAUAAUCGUUUUUCAUUGGACCGGUGACCAAAAACGAAAAAAAAAAGGGGCGAGGGAAAGAUGGAAUGACAUAAGUUAACGUAAUAAAUAAUAAAGAAACAUUUGGGCGUAUUGUAAAAGCGUUGGUAGCCGCAGACACGAAAACAGUUUUUCGUUUGUUUUGUUGGGUUUGUUUUUCCCAUUUUGUUAAUUGAUCCGUUAUUUAAAGCAAUGUGGAAAAGCUGGCGAUAAUACUAUUGAUGAUGAUGAUGAUGAUGAUGAUGAUGAUGAUGAUGAUGAUGUAAUCCCUCUCUCCCCUGCCGAGGAACGUGCCAAGCAGUUUUUAUUUUUCUCU